GUCGACCGCGUGGCACUGCUGUUCACUUCCGUGUUGGAGGUCGCGGUACACACGUGAGGAGAGAAACAACUGGCGGACUGCUGCCGGUUUGUGUGCAGGAUGGACGGGAAGGAGAGGAAACAGAGGAAACACCAGCAGAAGCACAGCGGGCCGAAGGCGGACAAGAAGAAGCUCCGGAAGCAGGGAGGCUCGACGGAGGAAGAUGGUCGGAAGCGCAACCCCAAGGCCUUCGCGGUUCAGUCCGCCGUCCGCAUGGCCAAGACCUUCCACAGGGCACAGGACAUAAAGGCCAAAAAACACCACAUCCCCCUGGUGGACCGGACGCCCCUGGAACCCCCUCCGGUCGUGGUUGUCGUUGUCGGGCCCCCUAAGGUGGGAAAAAGCACCCUGAUCCGCUGCCUGAUCAAAAACUUCACCCGGCAGAAGCUGGGGGACAUAUGUGGACCCGUGACCAUCGUCUCCGGAAAGAAGCGUCGCCUCACUUUCAUGGAGUGUAACAAUGACAUAAACACUAUGAUUGACCUUGCAAAAGUAGCUGACCUGGUGUUGAUGUUGAUCGAUGCCAGCUUUGGCUUCGAGAUGGAGACCUUUGAGUUUCUCAACAUCUGUCAGGUACACGGAUUUCCACGCAUCAUGGGUGUGCUGACGCAUUUGGAUUCGUUCAAGAACAACAAGACACUGAGGAAGACUAAGAAAAACCUCAAACAUCGCUUCUGGACAGAGGUUUACCAGGGGGCCAAGCUGUUCUAUCUGUCUGGUAUGGUGUACGGUGAAUAUCAGAUUCAGGAAGUGAAGAACCUGGGCCGCUUCAUCUCCGUCAUGAAGUUUCGUCCUCUGGUGUGGCAGACCUCCCAUCCUUAUGUAUUGGUUGACCGUAUGGAAGACUUGACUGACCCGGAGAGAGUGAGAACGGAGCCCAAGUGCGACCGGACUGUGUCACUCUACGGCUACCUGAGAGGGACAAAUUUGAAAAACAAAGGCCAGGUCCAUGUCCCAGGUGUCGGAGACUUUCAGGUGGCGGACGUUAACUUCCUGCCCGACCCAUGCCCGCUUCCAGACGCCCAGAAGAAGCGAGCGCUCAACGAGAAGGAGCGUUUGCUCUACGCACCCAUGGCUGGGGUCGGGGGCGUCGUCUAUGACAAGGAUGCUGUGUACAUCGACCUUCCUGCCAACCAUGUCAAUCAGCAGCAGGAGGAGGUACGGCCCACCACAGAGCUCGUCCAGUCUCUCAUCGACACACACGCCACCCUGGAUGUCAAGAUGGCUGCCAGCAAAGUGACUCUGUUCAGCGGCUCCGCCACCCUGGACCCAGCAGACAUCGACCAGCAGACCGGAGAAAAGGAGGGUCCCCGUGAGAAGCUGGUCUGGGACCCCAACACCCAGAGAGAGAGGAGGGUGGUGGUCUUCUCUGAGGAGGGCCGAGAGGAGGAGGAGGAAGAGGAGGAGGAGGAUGAUGAUGAUGAUGAUGAUGAUGAUGUCGAUGAUGUCAGCGGUUCCAGUGAUGGUGAAGACAGUGACCAGGAGGAGGAGGAAAAGGACGAAGAUGAGGAUGAAGACGAGGAUAACCUUUCCACUUUUCUCAAAGAGGCAAGAGCCAAAUCUGAGCGGACAGAAAAGAACGGAAAAGGCAGCCCGCCACCAGUGAAGAAGCAGAAACUCGAGGAGAAAGGAGAGGUGCCAGUGUUCGCCGACAGUGAUGAUGACCUGGAGAGGAGUCAGGAGGAGAGUGAAGAAAAGGGGGAUGCAGGGAGAGCAGGAGACUCUGGACACUGUUCCGAGGAGGAUGAGGAAGCGAGUGACGAUGACGAUGAAGAUGACAAUGACGAAGAGUCUGACGACGAAUCGGUGGAAGAGGAGGAUGGUGCAGCUGAAGCUGCAGCGGAGGAACAAAUGAGGAGUGAGAGUGAGGGCGAGGAAGAGCAGGGGGCUCUGAGGUGGAAGGAUUGUCUGCAGCAGAAAGCAUCCGAAGCGUUUCUCCGGCAACAAGCAGCUGCCCCCAAUCUGAGAAAACUUGUCUACGGCUCAGUUGCAGAAGCAGGGGAUUCUGGGGAAGAUGAGGAGGAGGAGUUGGGGGGCCUGUUUCGAGUCAGUCGCCCUCAGAAGAGCAAAAAGUUCACGGCUAACUCGUUGGACUGCUCUCGUUUCGACCCUGAAACGUCCCACAACUGGGAUGGGGAGGAGAUGUUGAACUCCAUCAGGGACUGCUUUGUAACCGGGAAGUGGGAGGAAGGGCAAGAUGCAGCCACACUUCUGAAGGAGGAUGAGGAGCUGUAUGGCGACUUUGAGGAUUUGGAAACUGGAGAAGUCCACAAGGGCCAAAAGGAGCAGCAGGAUGACGCUGAGAACAGUGAGGAGGAGGAGGAGGAUAACGAUGAAGCUGAGGAGAGUCUGGUGAAGGUGGAUGACGAUGAGCUCCAGAAGAACAAGCGUAUGGAGAAGAAACGCAGACUGAAGGAGCGAUUUGAUGCAGAAUAUGACGACGGAGACGCAACUUACUUUGAUGAUCUGAAGGAGGAGAUGCAGAAACAGGCUGAGCUGAACAGAGCAGAGUUUGAGGAUGUGGACGACGAAAUCAGAGUGCAGUACGAAGGCUUCCGGCCAGGAAUGUACGUCAGAUUAGAAAUCUCCUCUCUCCCCUGUGAAUUUGUUAACAACUUCGAUCCCCACUACCCUAUCAUCCUCGGAGGUCUGGGCUCCAGUGAAGGCAACAUAGGGUACCUGCAGGUGCGGCUAAAGAAACACCGUUGGUAUGAGCGCAUCCUUAAGACACGGGACCCCCUCAUCAUGUCCUUAGGCUGGAGGCGCUUCCAGACCAUUCCCCUCUACCACAUCGAGGAUCACAACGGGCGCCACCGCCUGCUCAAAUACACACCGGAGCACAUGCACUGUGGAGCCUCCAUCUGGGGUCCUAUCACACCACAGGGUACCGGCUUCCUGGCUCUGCAGUCAGUGGCAGGAACUAAAGCUAAUUUCCGUAUCGCAGCCACAGGAGUCAUCCUGGACCUGGAUAAAUCAGUGACCGUAGUGAAGAAGCUCAAACUCAUCGGCCAUCCCUACAAAAUCUUUAAGAACACGUGUUUCAUCAAGGGCAUGUUCAACACAGUGCUGGAGGUAGCAAAAUUUGAAGGGGCUUCUGUGCGGACAGUGUCAGGGGUCAGAGGUCAGAUCAAGAAGGCUCUGUCUACCCCAUUAGGAGCUUACAGAGCCACAUUUGAGGACCGUCUGCUCAUGAGUGACAUCGUGUUCCUGCGCUCCUGGUUUCCAGUGACUGUUCCUCAGCUCUACAACCCCGUCACCUCUCUGCUGUUGCCGGUCGGUGCGAAGGACGGCUGGGCGGGCAUGAGGACUCUGGGGCAGCUCAAAUAUGACCUGGGCAUCCGCAACAAACCCAACACCGACUCUCUGUACAAGCCGGUUGUCCGAGGCCAAAGGCACUUCAACCGCCUCCACAUCCCCAAGGAGCUCCAGAAGGCCCUGCCGUUCAAAAGCAAACCCAAACAGCAGCAGCCCAAAGGAAAGACGCCCAGAGACAUGCAGCGUCCAAGUGUGAUCAGAGAGCCCAGCGAGAGGAAGGUGGCGGCCCUGCUCCAAGCUCUGACCACAGUUCACAACCACAAGAAGAAGAAGGCCCACACGAUGCAGCACACCAAACACAAGGAGUUCUUGCAACAGAAGGAGAAACAGGAGGUGGCCAAGCUGAAGAGACAGAAAGAGGCACGGAAAAAACUGUACCGAGUCAUGGGCCAGAAAGACCAGAAGAAGCAGAGGUCCAGUCUGAAGGGGGCGCCACAGGACGACUGACCCUGUGCAUCAGGACUAAUGAGGCACACCUCUAUCUGCUCCUGGGACUCUUAGGAUCUUUUUGAUAACUUUGGCAGAUUCAUUUUUAGAAUAUUUGUGUUUGUGUAUUGAAAUGAAACUUAGCGAGAAAUAAAAAUGUACGUGACAUUUUGAUAUUAUUUUAAUAAAACAUAUUAAUAAUAACCAAAAAAUGUGA